CCCUCACUUCCCGGUUGGCCCUGGUCCAGGAGGCCGAGCCCGGAGGAGGAGCCGCUUGCGGCGGCCGCGGUAGCAGCCGGAGCAACAUCAGCAGCACCACCAGCCUCAGGAGCGGCGGCGAAGAGGUCGGAAGCAGCUGAGGGAACCCCGCGCGUAUGUCCGUCCCUGAGCUGACGCACCGCGAAGUGACUGGCCUAUGAGAUGGCAGAGAAUGGAAGAAGUUUUGACUUGAGGCGCACUGCGAUGAGCAAAGAACACCACAACGGAAGGUUUCUAGAGCCUUCUUUGUCGAGUGACCCAAGGCAGAAAGAACGAGAAGCACGUCAGAGUAUCGUCCUCUGGGGAAAACCGAUUCUUACCUUGCAGUAUUUCUUCCUGGAAACUUUAAUAAACACGAAAGAGUGGACCAUCAAACUGUGGCAUCGCCGAAGGAUAGUGGUGUCCCUGUUGCUGCUGCUUGCCAUUCUUACAUCUACGUAUUAUAUCGAAGGAGCCCAUCAACGGUAUGUGGAGUAUAUGGAAAAAAGGCUUUUAUGGUGCGCCUAUUGGGCCGGGUUAGGCAUCUUGUCCUCGGUGGGGCUUGGAACUGGUCUUCACACCUUUCUGCUCUACUUGGGCCCACAUAUAGCAUCGGUGACACUCGCGGCUUAUGAAUGUAACUCAGUGAAUUUUCCCGAGCCGCCCUACCCGGACCAGAUUAUCUGCCCCGAGAAAGAGGGAGUGGUAGGAUCCAUUUCGUUAUGGACCAUCAUGUCCAAAGUCAGGCUGGAAGCCUGCAUGUGGGUAAGACUGGCAUAAAUCCUGGCAUAAAUU